AUGCCCCCGUCGCUCAGUGCCCACGCUUCGUUCACCCGUCCGCGGACAGGUGACCGUGAAGGGCGCCCCGUCACCCGCGACCAGGCCGACAGCAAUCUAAUCAUCCCGAGCCGUACCUCCUCCCUCCACUCUCGCAUCACCCAACCGAUCCCGUCAACGCUCACCAUGAAGCCCCAACAACGGACGCCCAAGACCCUCACCCACGCCUACAUGGUGUGCGGUGUCGGUCGCGAGCCAUCGCAAUGGGUGAAGGCGCCGACGCCAGCGCAGGGGAAAAUUGGACACAUGAAGGGUGCUGUUCCUCAGUUCUGGCUCCCCGAGAUCUUGGGGAGCAGUCCGCGGUUGGAACAGGAUAACGAGAUCGCGCGGGCCCUGCAUUCCGCGAUGCGGGCGUGCUUCCCCCAUGAUGUCGAAAUCUGCACCGGUCGCAGCCAGCCGCAUUGCGUGCACCAUGCGUUCGUGCUGCAGCAGGACUCGUCCCACACCCUCUACGGCAUCUGCCUGCGAGUUUGGUCGCGCGCCGACGAAAAGCGCGCUGAGACCAUCCGCGAGUUGAGGAAGAGGACGGAGCCCGAGUUCUACGACAACCCGGAGGAGCAGUACUGGAUCCCGUACUGCUUGUCGUUCUUGUCCCGCUACCCGCUGUACAACCUGCUCGGUGACUACCUUCGCGGCAUGUGGAUCCACUGGAACAAGGCAACCAACCUGUUCCACGCCGAAGAGGUGUCGCGGAUCCUCAGCUUCCCUGCUCCGCGGCUCAACGACCUGGUGCGCAUCGACAUGAAGGACUAUGCGCUGUGCUACCAGUUCCCCUCCUACACCACUGGGUUCCAAAACUUCGCCAUGUGGCCGUUGUUCUGCUGCUUGUCGAUUCCCAACAUCGUGGGCGUCAUUGAAGCCGCCAUCUCCCCAACCCGCCGGAUCAUCUUUGUCAGCCACUACCCUGCGAUGCUGACCAUGGCCGCGGAAACGGUCCGGUUCUGUGUUCGUAUCUACGAGUGGAGCGGUCUGUACGUCCCGGUAGUCCAUGCUCGGCACGCUAAGGACCUAGUCGAGGAGCCCGGCCCGUACAUUCUCGGUAUCACGGCCGAGUGCAGGUCGCUGUUCUCUGCGCCCACUGACGCCCUGGUGAUCGACUUGGACCGCAACUUUGUGCUCACAUCCAACCCCCCGACUGCCCUCCAGGCUGGCCAGCGGAACAAGUUUGUGACGAGGCUAACCCAGGCUCUGAACGGCGAUGUUACGCCUUCGGGUGUACCCCAGCAUCUGCGCUCGGCGUACGGUGGUGGCAAGCUGGUGCCUGCGGGCCAGAUCAUUGUCAUGCGGGGUGAGGUUGAGUCGAUUCAGGAUCCCGAGUGGUGGAACCAGGACGCGGUCAUGUCUGUCAUGGACCACGUGUGCGAGAAGAUGGGCCGCAACACCGGCCUGAAGGCUGUGUUUGGCGGGUCUGUCAAGAAGCCGCUGAUGACCAAGGUCUCGAUGAGGCACCUCAACGAGAUUGUGCGCGAGCGCAACCAGUACUCCCGGGAUGCUCUGGAGGCCUGGCAAGAUUUCAUUAACCUCAAGGGCCGCCUCGACACGGAGCUCAGCAAGGUUACGAAGAGGAACAACUACCUCAACGAGGAGCUGGAGAGCUGGAAGCAGCAAUUCCUCAAGUUCCAGGCGUUUGCCGACACGCUCACUAAGGAGACCCAGGAGCUCAAGGUCAAGAUUGAGGGCCACAAGCGCGAGAACCGCCGUCUUGGGAGCCUCCUUGACCAGCAGAAGGAGGACGCUUCGAGACUGUCGAACCGCCUAGCGGGCACCGAGAAGCAGCGUGACGACGCUUUGGAGGCUCUUGUGCUCCAGCAGGAGAUUGCAGAAGAGCUCGAGCGCGAGCGCAAGCGGAACAGGAAGGAGCUCAACGCUCUGCAGCACACCAACGUGACCAUCGUCCGGCAACGGGACGAGGCCCGCCGCGUCGUGCUGCACCUGCGCAGCCUGAUCUCGGGCCAGCACCACCACAUGGAGCACCUCGUCAAGACGCUGACGUCCCCCGACGAGCUGGCUGCCGAGAUCGAGGCUGGCUUUGCCGCCCAGGAGGAGGUCGAGGCCGCGGCUAUCGCUGAGCAAGCAGGCGUGGAGCAGACCGAUGCCCGGUUCAUCAAGAACCUCACGCUCGCAAGCCGGCGCGUGUCGACGCAGACGUUCAUCGACGUCGCGGACCGUCACCUCAAGGACAAGACAGAUGCCAUCGCGCACAUCAUCCGCAACAUUGCGGAACAAUGCCAGGCCGCCGUAGAGGGCCUGCAACUCGCACAAGAUGCCGAGCUCGGGAGGCCGCAUUCGUCGGCUUCCAGGGUUCGGGAGUCUUUAAAAAGCAGGACAGGGAGUUCUCUCUCAGGCGCACACAGCGAUGACGGUAACGCCUCGUCCACCUCGACGGCCACGUCCGAUGUCGGUGACGAUAGCAGCAGCGUCACUCUCCUCCGACCGAACAGCGGCCGCAUCUCUAGCAUCCCACCCACACCGGAUCUCAUUCCCAACCGCAGCAGCACUAGCAUGUCGAUCGCGAGCACCACGGCCACGACCCCAGAGCGAGCCUCCCAGCAGUAUCUCCUCCACACCACCCAUCACAGCCACCUCGCGCACGCCCACGCCCAAUCCCACACCCAAUCCCACCCCCACGCCCACCAGCACCACCUCGGGCACGGACACGGACAACACGACAUCCCCACGAAGAUUGUCGAGGACGACGAGGAUGUCGAUGACCUCGCCGCUGACGAUCGAGUCGCCCGCGACGCCGACGAGGGCAACCCCAUCCCCGCGCCCACGCCGGAACAGGGAGUCGUGGGUAAGCAUCCGGAGAGCCUGAUCCACCGGCCUUCGGGCGCGCGUAUCAGUGCUCUUGGUAGCUCGCGUUAA